UUCGACAGGUUUUUGAACGUUUCUGAACGUCGAACGGAGACAAUAAGCUCUUGCUUGUUUUUUCGAUCUUGUUUGCUGAAACUCUCGUGUCCUUGGAAAUUCGUGGUGUCUCCGAGAGGGAGGGCGAGAAAAAUAAACGACGCGCCGUUACAUUGGCAGCACUGAUCCUGCGCCUAUUGUCAACUCGGAGUCGCUCGCCUGGAAUUGACUCAAUUGACUGGAGUCGUCGCGAGUGCGAUUACCAAUAACACGUUAUUUUCGCGAUCGGAUCUCCGAGUCGAGCGACGUAGAGGAGGCCCGAAGCUCUCGUGGCUCUGGAUAAAUCCGUUUCCGAGCGUCAUGGACGACUUACAGAGUUACAAGCUGCAGCUCCAGCAGGUGGAAGCGGCACUCACGACAGAUCCGAAUAAUCAUGAGUUGAUAAAGCUGAAGAUCGAUCUGAAGGAAGUAAUAAAACUGACACAUGAUUUAAUUAAGUCACAACAGCAGGAAAAAAGACAAGCCAAUGGCAUGGACGCUAAAGAUCCUAUUUUGCUUGCAGUUCUGGCCAAUAAGUGGAAAGUCGGCGAUCUGUGUAUGGCACCUUGGAGCGAGGAUGGCAAGUAUUAUGAAGCAACUAUAGACGCGAUAAGUGAAGACGGAAUAGUAAAUUUGACGUUUAAUGAGUACAAGAACACUGAUGUCACUAUGCUCAGCCAGCUGAAGUCCAUUGCUAAGAGGCCAGCGUCAGACUGGGCAGAUCAAAAAUCGAAGAAAAUGCAAGCAACCGCGGUUGCGGGUUCGGAUCCAAACAAGCAAAGGGAGUACCUUAAGAAGAAGAAGCAGAGGAAAUUACAGCGAUUCAAAGAACUGGAAGAAGAACGCGAAUUGGAAAAGAACAAGUGGCUAGCAUUUACCAACAAGUCUUCGAAGAAGGGCGUUAUAAAAAAGAGCAUCUUCGCGACCCCGGAGAACGUGAACGGUCGCGUGGGUAUUGGUACCUGCGGCGUCAGCGGUCGGGAGAUGACCAAGUUCAGUAACGGGGAGAAGUGGAGGCGAGGAGCUUAAAAUAACUUAUACAUGUAAAUAAAUAGAUAUACUGUAACUUUGGUGGAAGAGAUAGGAAGAGAGUUAUCGUGGAAUUAUCGUUAUAUUGUAUCAAAGACUGGCUCCACGUACCGCUUCCGCGGUGCGUGGAUAAAUUCGGCACGGGAACGUGCGGAAAUUAGCGAUGGUUUCAAGUGAUGAGAGAUCGCGAGAGAAAGGGGGGAGAGAGAGAGAGAGAGAGAGUGCGGAUAAUACCUUCUCGUAGACAAACACCGAUCCUACCGAGUCCCGAGACAAUUUUCGAAUUUUUUACCACAACACGAAAAACUAACAUUUCAAAAAAGUAACUGCAGCGAAUACAUGUGUUUUUAGAUUAAUACAUUUCCGUGCGCAUAAACUUGUUUACAAUCUCAUUGAAUACGAAUAAAUGUAUAUUUUAACGUGCAGCUUCUUUGAUGAUACUCUUAUCUUUAGUUCGAGUAAGCGUGGAUGUUGUACAUGUGUAAUGCAAAAUUACGAGUAAGUAAAGAUAGAUUUAAAAAAAA